AUGGCGUCCCUAGGGACAUCCACGGGGGCGCCGAGGGCCCCCGAGGAGCCAUGGCCGCUUCCCCGGUGUUUCCCGGAGCGGCUGGCCGAGGCUCGUGCUGCGGCGUCGACGCUGCGCCCGUGUGUGCUUCUAACCACGGGGGCCAUGAAUCCGCCUCACAAGGGGCAUGCGCAGCUUCUACGACAAGCCGCGGACAGGCUUCACAGAGAAGGCUACUGCGUGCUUGGGGCAUGGAUGUCCCCGUCACAUGACGACUACGUGGGCCCCAAGGCUUGCCGCCUGGGAACCCUGCACCUCAGCAGUGGGCUCCGGCUGAAGCUGGCACACUUGAUGGUGAGUGAGGACGACCUGGUGGCCGUGGGAAGCUGGGAAGCAAACGUCACUGGACGAUGGCCUGACUUCCCAGAGGUGGCCGUCGAACUUGAGAAAAAGAUGCAGGAGCAGAUUGCAGACCCAGAAAGUUUGGGUUCCAUGCCGCGCGUGUUCUAUGCCUGCGGCACAGACCAUGCCAAGCGCUGCGGUCUCUACCAGGGCUUCGGCCGCUUUGGCGGAGAUGCGGAGAACGUGGGGGUCGUCGUGGUCCCGCGCGAGGGCGAGGUUCCGCAGCCGGAGAGCCCGGGGAAGUUCGUCUUCGUGGCCUCGGCAGCUCCUGGGGAUGUGGCAAGCUUCAGCUCUACGAAAAUCCGCGAAUCAUUCAAGAUCGACGGGCACACGGCACAUGAACAUGAAUACCUCUGCCAUGCCAUCUGCAAGGAAGCGGCUGAUUUCAUUUUGAGCCCCAGCGAGGAACAGCGAGCGGUGUUCAAUGAAGACUUCAAGCAUCUGGAAGAGCAGCUGAGCGCGUCCGGCUAG